UGCUUGAGCAAGCUUCAGUAAUCAUGACUGCUUUCACCCUUCACAUAUAAGUAUACACUACAAAUACAAACCUCCUCCAAAGGUAGAAUAUCACCAAUCUCUCCGUAUUUUACCAUGUAUCCCUUCACCUUCCGACAUGGUUGAAACCUUAUGGAUACAGCUUUCAACCACCAACAAGAAAGACAAGGAACUCAGCAGCAAAAUCAGCACCUCAAGCUUUGUCUGCCAUUGGGGAGGUUCAGAAGCUUUGAUAACCGGAACCCGUUUUGCGUUAUAAGGUUUUGGGUAUCAAAGUCUCUCCGGAAUUUGUAUCGCAGAGUUUGUUUCUCAAAAGGGUUUUGCUUGAGAGGGCUUCGGUAUAAUGGUAUGGUGGUAAACAACUCUGUUUUUUGUGCUUCGUCCGGUCUUGUUGAAGAAGGGAAAGCUGUAAUGGAGGUUUUGACUGAAAAUAAUGAAGGCAUUGAAGAAGGAAAUGAACAGUGCAAGGAAAACGUUAGUCAGGAUCAUGCAUUAGCGUAUUUGGUUGAAGAAGAGCUCCGUGAGAGCAGUUCGAGCUCUGAUAUUUUCUCGUCUGAGACGACAGGCCAUGAGAAACAGAGUCAUAGCAGCUCCGAGUCAUCUUCUCCAACUUCAUUGGGUUGGCCUAUUCAGAAAGCUGAAGUAUCUUUUUUCACUAGUACCAAUGGUAAUGAAGCUGAGGGGAAACCCCAGUCGGGCGAUAGAGUAUUCGAAAAACAAGGUUCAGAAAUAUCAGAGAUUGAAAUGAUGAAGGAAAGAUUUUCAAAAUUGUUGCUUGGAGAAGACAUGUCAGGUUGUGGAAAUGGGGUUUGCACGUCAUUGGCUAUUUCAAAUGCCAUUACUAAUCUUUGUGCCACUCUAUUUGGGCAACUAUGGAGAUUGGAACCUCUACCCUCUGAGAAAAAAAGGAUGUGGCGAAGGGAGAUGGAUUGGCUUCUUUGUGUUAGCGAUUACAUGGUCGAGUUGAUACCUACUUGGCAGACAUUUCCAGAUGGCAGCAAACUCGAGGUCAUGACUUGCAGACCCCGCCCAGAUCUUUAUGUUAAUCUUCCGGCCCUACGUAAAUUGGAUAACAUGCUUCUUGAAAUAUUAGAUAGCUUUGUCGAUACAGAGUUCUGGUAUGUUGACCAGGGUAUUCUGGCCCCAGAGGUGGAUGGGUCAUCCUCAUUUCGAAGAGCACUUCCACGCCAAGAGGAGAAGUGGUGGUUGCCUUUGCCCCAAGUGCCUCUUGGCGGCCUCCACGAAAAUUCAAGAAAGCAGUUGCAGCACAAGCGUGACUGCACAAACCAAAUCUUAAAAGCUGCCAUGGCUAUCAACAAUAUUGCUUUAGCUGAUAUGGAAGUCCCUGAAUCAUAUUUGGAAGCUCUUCCGAAGAAUGGAAGAGCUAGCUUGGGAGACCUCAUUUAUCGAUAUAUUUCAUCAGAUCAAUUUUCUCCUGAAUGUCUACUUGAUUGCCUCGACUUAUCUUCAGAACAUCAAGCUAUUGAAGUUGCUAAUCGAGUGGAGGCCUCAAUGUUUGUGUUCCACAAAAGGACAACCUCAAAACCUGCCAAUAAUGCAACCCGAUCCAACUCAAAGUCAUCAUGGGAAAUGGUUAAGGAGCUGAUGGUUGAUGCAGAAAAAAGGGAAUUGCUAGCAGAAAGAGCAGAAACCUUACUACUUUGCUUGAAGCAGCGAUUACCGGGUCUCCCACAGACAACCUUAGAUAUGAGUAAAAUCCAAUACAACAAGGAUGUUGGGAAAUCAAUUCUCGAGAGCUACUCGAGAGUGUUGGAGAGCCUGGCCUUCAAUAUUGUAGCACGUAUUGACGAUCUUCUAUACGUGGAUGACUUCGCUAAGCAAUCAGAUCAAUUCUCAUCACUCUCCAAAGCUGGUGUGAUUGCUCACAAGAGCAUUCCGAUAUCAUUUCCAGUGCCUGUCUCAAGCAGUCCAUAUAAAACAGCUUUCACCACACCAUGCUUUUCACCAUCACAACGAUUUAGCCCUGGAAAGGGAGAAAGAUCGCCACUCAUCACUAGCAGCAAGAUUCCACAUCGUGGGAUCGGAGUGAAAAAGGUUCUAACAGAUUAUCUAAGUAUUGAUGCCAAUCUAGAGAAUUUUGAAAUUCCUAUUGAUAGAUCAGAUACUAGACCCAACACAUUACGAGAAGCGGCAGCAUCUCAAACUGGAAUUGAAUCUGCUGGCUGUUAAAAAGUUGCAAGCCCACCAGCAAAGGACUCAAUCGUGGAAGAAUGGACCUUGAGUUUGGGGGCCUUUUCAACUCCACUUUUGAAUUGUAAGUCAGCUCUUUUCUAUUUACUUUUCAAAGGGAAGAAGGUAUAUAUGAGAUUGAGUGUUCUUGUAAUGAGAUAUCUAUAAUAGUGAUGAGUUGUAUGCUUCAUGUUUCUCAUAGGCAUUUUGAAUUCUUCAGUUCCGAGUUUGUUUCUUAUUGACCAAACUCGAACUGUGCAUGUAAACAGAGAUAUUACUGAAGUAUAUGUUGAGGAAUAA